CUUGCUAAGGAGGGUUCCCCUCUCCACCUUCAUAUAUAUAGCCUAUAUAUAUAUUUUUCACUUACACUUCGCUCCCUCGGAACUCUCUUUUUUUCUUCCGCAACAAUUUUCUCGGCCGAUCACUUCCUUGUUUUUUCUCGGUUAUUUUCCCUUCCACCAAACACUCUCCAAUCCCCUGCUCUUUCACUCUAAAUCCUUGCGAUCGCUUAAGAUUCUUUCUCUCCUCUAAUCGAUCUCUCUCGCUCUCUCCCUCAUACACUGGCUACCAGUUCUGCAGAUGUAAUGAAAUCAGAGGAGCCAAAUGAUUCUUUGGACACUUUCAUCAGACAAGCUAUUGGAAAAGAGCCUCUCCUUUCUUUCUCUAGGGCUGGGGACAGCUCAGUCCAAUGGAUUCAAUUACUGCAUGCCUUAGAUCAACAAGAAAUCCCUGGAUGGCCUUUACUCACUCCUCUGAAGGUGCAGAUGCAAAAGUGUGAUAAGUGUUCGCGAGAAUUUUGUUCGCCCAUUAACUAUAGAAGGCAUAUACGUGUGCAUCAUAGGUUGAAAAAACUUGAUAAGGAUUCUGCUAAAAAUAGGGACUUACUAGCGGCAUUUUGGGGCAAGCUGUCGGAGGAUGAGGCAAAGGAAGUUGUAUCAUUCAAGGAUGUGGCAUUGGAGGAAGUUCCAGGAUCUUCAGUUAUAAAAUCAUUGACAACACUUGUAAAGAGACCAGGGUUUUCAGCUUUGCCACAAGUUUGCUUGAGGGCAGGUUCUGCUCUACUGGACCUUGUCCAAGCUAGACCAUCAAGGUUUCCAAUAUCUUCCCAAGAAUUAUUUAGUAUCCUUGAUGAUGCAAGUGAAGGGACUUUCCUAUGUGGUGCAGCUGUGUCGAUGCAAAAGUAUAUUUUUGAUGGGGAAGUGGGAAAGAUUGGUCUUGACACCAAAAACUUGGUUGCUUGUACCAGCUUCUUGGUAGAACAGAAAUUGGUUAAAGCAUGGCUUGCAGAUAAGGAUGCCGAAGCUUUGAGGUGUCAGAAGUUGCUAGUGGAAGAGGAAGAAGCUGCCCAUAAGAGGCAAGUUGAGCUUCUUGAGAGAAAGAGACAGAAAAAACUUAGGCAGAAGGAGCAGAAAGCAAAGGAACUAAGACCCUGGGAGAUGGAAGAAGGUAAGCAGAACAUGGAUGAUUCAUUGGAGGAUAGCACUCCCGCUGAAACAUCCAGCCCUAAAGCUGUUUUUGAUAUUGAUGGACAAAAUGCAGUCAUAUCAACAGAUCAAGUUCUUCCAGCUCUAGAACCCAUUCCUUUCCCCAACCCUGAGGAGGGUGUAGAUUACAGAGUUCAGACGGAGUUUUACAAUCGAUAUUGUGAGUCAGGAACUAGUCAGAAUGGUGAAAAACGUGUAGAGCAAGUUGAUGGAUGUCAGCGAAAAGUUGUUGCUCGAUGGAAGACUCCACCCAAAUCACAGCGAGUGGUGCUUAAUGGUUUCCAUGCUAAUCAGAAUUCUCAUGGAUUUAAAUCUGGAGGCACGAAUAAACAUGGAACAAACAGGGAAAGGAUUGCUGCAAUGGGUAAUAGUAAUAAAAUGUGGAGCCGAAAACCUAAAGCAAUAGAUGAUGGGGAUAGUUUGCAAAUUAAAGCAGGGAAACAAGCUACAAAUCAACCGGAUCAGAAUAAGAACCCAGAACUUAUAAUUGGUUCCAUAUCUGUCCCACUUGGAAAGAAUCUAGGUGAAACCCAUGAUAGGUGCCCUGCGGAGUGUCAACCAAAGAAUAAUGUUCAGGAGAGGUUCAGCAAACAUGAUCAUGUUCAGAUUGUUGCAAACCGAUCAACCAUUAAAUUUUGGAGGCCAGUGAGUCGACAGGAACGAAAAAGUUCACUGCCAGUCCAAAAUGGUAUUAGAGAUGUUGAAGUGGAAGUGAUAGCUGAAAAUGAUGGAGUCCAGAUUUCAUCCAAUGAAAGCUAUCGAAGGUCAUCUGCAGUAGAUGGUAGCGAUGGUGUACUAAGAAUGAAUCUUUCUUCAACACUCAAGGAAAGCGUGCAACCAGGUGGCUUGCAGUUUGACAGCAAUGCUGCCAAGGCCUUUCUUGCUGAGAGGUGGAAGGAGGCUGUUGCAGGAGAACAUGUGACAUUGGUUCUCUCCUCGAACCCUAAGCCUCCAGGGUGCUCAGGGGUUGAAAUCGAUUCAUCAGAGAAGUGGAUGGUCAAGGCAGGGGCUUGUGAGGCUUCUACUGUUGGGGCUGCAAUAGCCAAGUACAGAACGAAGCCUGAAAAGGGUGCUAAAACAAAGUACAUUCCAAAACAAAGAGGUUCCAGUUUUACCAGUGGUCUUCUGUUGGAAAAUUGAAGAAAGGUAAAAGGUUUUACCAGAAAUGUUUUAUGGUUUCGUUCUUUUUACGUAAGGUUUUUUUCCCCUUAUAUUUAUAUUUAUUAUUAUUAUUAUUAUUGGUUUAAGUGUCUAAAUUUUGGGUGUAAUAAAUUGGGGUUGAUGCAAUUGCAAAGGUCUUUUUUGGGGUCGAA